AAGAGUGGAAAUCCUUGAAGAAUAUGUGACAUUAUAACACAACCUUCUCGAAAACUCUCGACGUCUUCUUCCAGAAACUUCCUACCCAACCUUAUAAAUGAGCUAAUCCCAUUCAUGAUUCCCUAUCCAAGCCGAGAAACGUAGUUAAUUUGCAACCGAAAACCGAAUCAAGAUCUUCGCAAUCUCAUCCAGCUACAAAAAAGAAAAAUGGAUCUCAGAAUCAUGGGUUUCGAUUCUCCGCUCUUGAAUACUCUCCAACACAUGAUGGAUCUUUCUGACGAUACGGAGAAGAUCCCGAGCGCACCAUCAAAGGUUUACAUGCGGGAUGCCAAAGCCAUGGCUGCAACACCAGCGGACAUUAAGGAGUACCCCAAGUCUUACGUGUUCAUCGUCGACAUGCCGGGGCUGAAAUCAGGGGACAUCAAGGUCCAAGUGGAGGACGACAAUAUGCUCUUGAUCAGCGGAGAAAGGAAGCGAGAGGAAGAGAAAGAAGGAGCCAAGUACGUGAGAAUGGAGAGGCGGGUCGGCAAGUUUAUGAGGAAAUUUGCGUUGCCUGAGAAUGCUAACGCUGAUGCCAUCUCUGCAAUCUGUCAAGACGGGGUUUUAACUGUUACUGUGGAGAAACUGCCACCCCCUGAGCCUAAGAAACCCAAGACCAUCGAGGUUAAAAUAGCUUGAAGCAGCUUUAGAUUUACGGUUAAUUGUCAAUGGGGGCUUUAAAUAAGUUGGGGGUUAGCCCUGCAAGUAGUUUCUAGCGUUUGCCGUGGUGGUUUCUGAGUGUGUUAAACGUUUGAUGUCAGAGUUCUAUGUCGUGUUGUGUUGAAAUCAUGAAAUGCAGAUGUUACCGUUAGUAUUUUCUUGUA